AAAAGGUACACAGUCGAGCAGUCCGACUUCAUUAUCUAUGCCCGUCACGAGAUGAAGUGGUCUUGGAACAAAGUCAGAGACGCCUUUGCGAUGACCUUCCGGCAGGAACGAACUGUUCCUUGCCUCCAAGGAUGCUACUACCGGACUAACAUGCAUAUCCCUAUGUGGGACGCCGAGGGUUUCCUUCUCUUCGGCGAGAGAGACGCCACGAAAUCUUUGCAAUUCAAUCUCAAAGGCGCACAAGCACCGCCGGAUGAAGACGUUGGUCUCGCACGUCGGCAUCCGGAGAGGGCUGCCUUGUACAGCUGGGUUCAUCCUUCGGUGCAAAGCCAGGCGCGCGCUUGGGCGAUGAAACGGCAAGAACAGCUGCGGGAACGCGGACAAAGACGGAAG